AUUGUAUCCGAAGUGCAAUACGCCUCCCCUGGUCAAGCACAAGCGCCAGCUCAACGGGGCCCCCUUCGACCUUUGCACACCAUGGCCAACUUAUUUCGCUCCUCUCUCCCCUCCUCUCUGCGCGGCGCCGGUGCCCGCAGCUCCGCUGCGACGGCAGCUGUCCGCAGCGACGCCGUAUCAGCGCGCGGGUAUGUCAACCCUGCUAAUGGCGACAACGCCUUCAAUAUGACCAAGUUUACUCGGUUCGACUGGGAAGACCCGAUGUCAUUCAACAGAAAAUUGACAGAAGAGGAGGUAUCUAUCUCGGAAACGGCCAGAGCAUUCUGCCAGGAGCACCUCAAGCCCAAGAUUAUCGAAAUGAGCCGGAAAGAAUCCUGGGACCCGACGAUUCUACCUGCACUGGGGGAGCUUGGUUUGCUAGGUCCAACGAUUCAAGGGUAUGGAUGUGCUGGCGUCAACAACGUCUCGUAUGGGCUGAUCGCACGCGAGAUUGAGCGCGUCGACUCGUCGUUCCGGUCAAUGAUGUCGGUGCAAUCAUCACUCUCGAUGGGUGCAAUCAACCAGUUUGGUACCGAAGCGCAAAAGGCGAAGUACCUUCCACGCAUGGCCAAAGGCGAGCUCGUCGGCUGCUUUGGCCUCACCGAACCGAAUCACGGGUCCGACCCGGCGAACAUGGAGACCGUCGCGGAGGACAACGGACAGGGCGAGUUUACGCUGAACGGCAGCAAGACGUGGAUAUCCUCCUCUCCGCAUGCGGACAUCUUUAUCAUUUGGGCACGAUGCAAGUGGGAUAACAAGGUGCGCGGCUUCCUGGUCGAGAAGGGCACAAAGGGGCUGGAGGCGCCAAAGAUCGCGAACAAGACUGCGCUGCGCGCCUCAGUGACGGGCUCGAUCUUCCUGGAUAACGUCAAGGUAAAGCAGGAAGAUUCGCUCCUCGCACGCGCACGACCCGGGCUGGGUGCGCCAUUCGAGUGCCUGAACUCUGCGCGCUUCGGCAUCGGCUGGGGCGCCAUCGGUGCCUUGGAGGCGUGCAUCGCUGAGACACGCGCGUACGCCCUGGAGCGGCGACAGUUCUCUAAGCCGCUCGCUGGCUUUCAGCUAGUGCAGAAGAAGAUCGUCGACGCGGCGACCGAGGCAAGCCUGGGCCUGCUGGCGGCGCUGCAGCUAGGGCGCAUGAAGGAUGCGGGAACGUGGAGCCCUGAGAUGGUGUCGCUGGUCAAGCGCAACAACUGCGGCAAGGCGCUGCAGCACGCGCGCGUGCUGCUCGAGAUCUUUGGCGGAAACGCUGCCAGUGACGAAUAUCACGUCGCGCGGCAUGCGGCCAACCUGUACGUCGUCAACACAUAUGAGGGGACGCACGACAUCCACUGCCUCAUCCUCGGUAAGGCGAUCACCGGCGAGCAGGCGUUCGCGUAAGCCGGCGCUGCAUCCCAUUAUUACAUGCGACGCAUGCCAGGAACAGAGUCUUCUUGGUUGUCUUGGCUGCUUGUAGGCUCGCACACUACAACUUGCUGUGUAUUAAAAAUUGGCUUGCUUCGUAAAAAGAAUGAAAAGAGUGGUGCGGUGUGAAGCGAUGAGGUUACAUGCUGUGCUACAAGC